AUGAACGUACUGAAGAACCACCACUUUUUGUGCUUUCUGCCCACCACGCGCCUUGUCAUCCUGCUGGCAGCUCUGGCAGUGGCUGAGGAUGUGACUAACAGCACUUCCAACCGCACUGACACGACCCUGGGCUCUGUGCCUGUGGUGAUCUCCCACACUGACCACAUUAUAGUCAAGGAGGGGAGUAGUGCCUUGAUCGACUGCAGUGUCCAGGGUAGUCCUGGUCCACAUUACAGGUGGUACAAUUCCAAUGGCCGCCUGCUCCAAGAGGAGGAGAAUAAAGGAAAAUGGUGGUUUCUUGACAACGGGCUACUGAACAUUACCAGCGUGUCCUUUGAAGACAGAGGUAAAUACACGUGUGUUGCAUCGAAUACGUACGGCAGUGUUAACAAUACUGUGACACUGAGGGUGGUUUUUACCUCCGGAGACAUGGGAAUCUAUUACAUGAUUGUCUGUCUUGUAGCUUUUACCAUUGUUAUGAUACUGAACAUUACUCGGUUAUGUAUGAUGAGCAGUCAUCUGAAGAAAACUGAGAAAGCAAUCAAUGAAUUCUUCAGAACAGAAGGAGCAGAGAAACUCCAGAAAGCCUUUGAGAUUGCAAAGCGUAUCCCAAUUAUCACUUCAGCCAAAACACUGGAGCUAGCCAAAGUAACCCAGUUUAAGACCAUGGAGUUUGCUCGCUAUAUUGAAGAGCUUGCUCGGAGCGUACCUUUGCCCCCUCUCAUCAUGAACUGCAGGACUAUAAUGGAAGAAAUUAUGGAGGUGGUCGGUCUGGAGGAGCAAGGGCAGAAUUUCGUGCGGCAGGCGGCAGAAGGCCAGGAGGCCGCCAAGGCAGAGGAGCUGUACGUGGUCCCCGAUGCGCUGAAGCGCAGGGACUCUCCCACGGCCGACUCGGACGCGUCCUCCCUGCACGAGCCACCUCAACAGAUUGCAAUAAAAGUGUCAGUUCAUCCGUUGUCCAAAAAGGACUGCGUGGACGGUCAGGGGCAAGAAAGCAUGCAGCUGGACACCAAGGAAGAAGACACUCCUCAAACACCAGCACUGCCUGCAGAGUCCCCUCCUGAGCCUUCUGCCGAACUCAGUUCUGGUGACGCAGCGUUAGCAAACGACAAAAAUACAUGUGUUCUGUAUGAAAGCCAUGUAUGAUAGUUACUCCUGAAUCUAUGCAUAGCAAGAAAAUCAGGUGGAGCUCUUUUACAAAUACAUAUUUUACUUGCCGCUAAGCCUUACCAGGAGACUAUCAUAGCAAAAGCAUGUAUGUGAAUAUUUUGGCACUUUCUUCUCAGUUUGACUUUAGUUUAUAAUGAUCUAUGGCAGAGUAAUUGCUAUUACAUUAAUAUUAAUGGCUUUUUGAUUAGGAGUAUUUCAAAGAAACAUUUGAAUACCUCAGCAUUUUCUAGGUAGAAGUCACAUGUAGUGGCCUCCUGGAAUUCAUUGGUAGUCUUUGAUGUAGGACCCUUGAACUUACUAAACAUAAAAAGUGGUUUUAAUUUUCCUCCUUCGCUCUUGUUUUUUCCAUCUAUUGCGUUUUUACAAAUAUUAUCUUCUGGAUUUGAAAUAUUGCCCAAGAGGCAGCACUGAAGUAGCCAAAUAAAAUCCUAAUAGAUCCCAUU